AUGGCCGCGGGGCCCAGGGCGCGCCAGGCUGCGCCGGUGCUGGAGGCGCCCCCCCAGCACGAGCAGGCCUCUCACACAAAGCUUUCUGCGGAUGAUGAGUGGAAUCUGCAGCAGGAGCAGAUAUACCGGAUGCACCGGGGCCACGAGUCCAUGCACGUGGAGAUGAUCUUGAUCUUCCUCUGCGCCCUGGUCAUCGCCCAGAUCGUGCUGGUGCAGUGGAGACAGAGGCAUGGCCGCUCUUACAACCUGGUGACCCUGCUACAGAUGUGGGUUGUCCCUUUGUAUUUCACCAUAAAACUCUACUGGUGGCGCUUUCUGUCCAUGUGGGGCAUGUUCUCAGUUAUUACCAGUUACAUCCUCUUCAGAGCAACCCGGAAGCCCCUCUCUGGGAGAACACCACGGCUGGUCUACAAGUGGUUUCUUCUCAUCUACAAACUCAGCUAUGCAUUUGGCGUAGUGGGUUAUCUGGCCAUCAUGUUUACCAUGUGUGGAUUCAAUUUGUUUUUCAAAAUCAAGGCCAGAGAUUCUAUGGAUUUUGGCAUUGUGUCCUUGUUCUAUGGCCUCUACUACGGUGUAAUGGGGAGAGACUUUGCAGAGAUCUGCUCGGAUUACAUGGCUUCUACUAUAGGGUUCUACAGCGUCAGCGGGAUGCCCACGAGGAGCCUGGCGGACAACAUAUGCGCUGUCUGUGGGCAGAGGAUCAUAGUGGAGCUUGAGGAAGAAGGGCUCAUUGAAAACACCUACCAGCUCUCCUGCAGGCACGUCUUUCACGAAUUCUGCAUCCGAGGUUGGUGUAUUGUUGGUAAAAAGCAGACUUGCCCUUACUGCAAAGAGAAGGUUGAUUUGAAGAGGAUGAUCAGUAACCCCUGGGAGCGCACACACAUUUUAUACGGACAGAUCCUGGAUUGGCUUCGUUAUUUGGUGGCCUGGCAACCCGUGGUGAUAGGAGUAGUUCAAGGCAUUAACUAUUCCCUCGGGCUGGAAUAGUAUAGCAGACUUGCUCCAGCAGCAAUGGAUUGCAUGCUGAAAUAUUUUUACAUUCUUGGUCCUCUAUUUAAUAUUGAUAUUCUUUUUUAAAUUUUAGAGAUGAUCCCAAGAGUUUAGUUUGAUGUCCUACAUAUGGCAAUUUGUCUAUGUGGAAAGAAUUUAAAGGGAAGCUGAAUGAUGGAAUAAACCAAUAAAGUGUCCUUGGCUUCUUUCC